UGCAGGCGUAUGCCAUGCUCACACCAGCGCCUUUUUGAGUUAAUGGUUCUUCCUUAAUUAUGGUCAAAGGCUUUCAAAAUGCCCGAAUCUCAUCGCGCCAGUGGUGCUUAGGCAGCAGCACGGGAGCCUUUUAAGUAGUAGUACUCUGUCGACUGCUAGACCCAUUCAGGAAAUUCGCAGAGGGUUGUUUUUGUUUCUGUGGCUAUUCCUCUGUGUGUGUGUGUGCGUGCGUGUGUGUGUGUGUGUGCGUGUGUGCGUGUUUGUGUGUGUGUGUGUGUGUGUGUGUGAGAGAGAGAGAGAGAGAGAGAGAGAGAGAGAGAGAGAGAGAGAGAGAGAGAGAGAGAGAGAGAGAGAGAGAGAGAGAGAUCAUUUUUUGUAAGGGUUGAGAAAAAUGGGGACCGAUAGGGGGAGUGAUCAACAGGAGAAGUCAACAGUUGAUGACGAUGGGACGACGCGUGGGUCGUCCGCCUCGAAGAGCAUUUUUGCUGGGAUUAUGAAUCUGAGAGGCAACAGCGGGACGCACUCGAGGAUGAAGUUCUUCUCCUCGAAGAUGUCAGCCGUCCGCAAGAUCACCAAGGGCUACUUAUCAGUGACCCAAAGAGAUCGAAUGACCAGGCUUCCUUCCCUUGGGGACAACAUCACAGAGCUGGACGUGCCGGAAGAAACCAGAUCUCUACCACGUGGCUGGUGGUGUUUGCUUCCUCUUGCCGCCAUUGUAAUUGCCUGCGUCUUGUCGACUUUCGGGAUACUGUACCGGUUUCAGUUGGACAGAGAGAGGUCGAGGAUGAACUCUUACUGUGGUCUUGCAGCAAAGGCUGUGGCGAUGAGGAUGAACAUGACACUGGGCAGGUCGCGGAUACUGGCAGAGCUCGUGCAGCUUUACAAGCAGAAAACUUUAAGCUAUAUAGAUAUAAUUGAUUAUAAUCCAAUGGAAGGUUAUUAUGAGCUUCUUGAUGAUAACACUAUGGGGGAGGCGGCAGACCUCGUGGAGAGGGGUUUCAUCCCAGAAGUGAUGGGACCAUGGCAGUUUCAGUACUACACGAAUAUCACUGCGUUUGCCUGGAGGGAGCUCGUAGGAGUGAUGUUCGUCAACCACGUGCCGUCGGAAUCUGCCGACAAUGACGUGCGGGCGCGGAGCCCAAUGGUCCGCAUUGGAAAUUACUCUUUCUAUCUUGGAAUCAAAUUGAUCGACUGGCCUUUGCAGACAAUGGGCGUCAGGCCUGGGGAUAGUCCGCUGCCGGACGACAAUCUCCUAAGAGAAGGUGGCAGGGGCAUUACGGAGACCGAAAGGCAUGACGGUAAACUCGUAGUGCCCAAAACGAGAACGGAAAGCGGUCUUAGGCUGGUCCUCCUCGGCUACGCGGAUCUGGUGAUAUCCGCUACGAAGAUCGAUCUUCGUGAAAAAGUGGUGGCCGGAGAGGCGAUCGAACAGAGAAUCCGCACGGGGCAUAGGAUAAAUGUUUCUGACCGUAUAUUCGUUGAGACCGCGGUAAUCGAGGCAGAGGCGGAGAGUGUCAUCCUUCUUGCGAUCAAAGAGGACAGGUGCACUCCAUGGGGACGUACUCGGUUUAAUGAAGCCCUGCUGAAGCAGCUUGUCAAUUUAGCGUUUAAGUUUCUGGGCUUCGGGAACCGAGAGGCAAUAUGGGGCGCGAUGCUGAAUACGGUAGUUAGGUUCGAGCCGGAUGUGGUGCUCGAUAUCGCGCAUAGGAGGGAUGCUGCUGUAAGAGACAGUCGGAGGAAAAACAUCGCGAUACUCGCGAAGGAGGGCCGCAACGCUAGGCUGCAAAGUCGAUAGGAGGUUGUCAAACUCCUCGGCUGCAGCGGCGUCU